ACCGAUCGCGCGCUCAGAGCCAAACUAGAGAGCGCGAGACCUGGCAGCGGAGAGACAUCGGGGAGGGAGAAAGGGAGUGUGCUGGUUUAUGUAGAGGAAGAGAGAGAGAGAGAGAGAGAGAGAGAGAGAGAGAGAGAGAGAGAGAGAGAGAGAGAGAGAGAGAGAGAGAGAGAGAGAGAGAGAGAGAGAGAGGUUGGGAAAAGACUACCACCUCUAUCCAUCAGCCGAGCAUCCUGCGGGAGUCACAUCGUGCGCGCGAGCGGUCGGUGCUGCAUUUCUGUCCGCCCGAACAAUUGGAUCAUAAAACAGCGUAGGAUGUGACAGAGGGACGCAAAUAAAAACUAAACUAUAAUUUUUCCUACCCCAAACACGCUGGCUAUUAAUUUAUUAUUUUGUUCUUUCAGUUGGGUUGUUGUUUGUGCUUUUCCUCAUUAAUGUGCGGAUUUUUCGGCGAACACUUUCAAAGUGAUGUCAGGAGGAAAUGUCAUAAAUGUAGCUGAAUGAAUGAAAAGUUUAAAGAUUUUUCAUGGAUGGGGUCUAAUCUAAAGUCAAGCUGGUUGUGAAGGUGUUUGAUCUGGUCCCCUCGACCCCAGCCGGAGUCCCCAUGGCUGCUGGAGUGGCAGCCUGGCUCCCGUUCGCUCGGGCGGCGGCCAUAGGAUGGAUGCCCGUGGCCAACCUGCCCAUGCCUGUCGCACCGACCAAUAAGAACAAGCGACAGGAUGAGCUUAUCAUCCUCAACGUCAGUGGCCGACGCUUCCAGACCUGGCGGAACACUCUAGACCGUUACCCUGAUACUCUCCUUGGGAGCUCCGAAAAAGAGUUCUUCUUCAAUGAGGAGACUAGGGAGUAUUUCUUUGACCGAGAUCCGGAUUCGUUCAGAAGUAUUCUUAACUUCUACCGCACAGGGAAGCUGCACUACCCACGCUACGAGUGCAUCUCUGCCUACGACGAGGAGCUGGCGUUCUUUGGAAUCAUUCCCGAGAUCAUCAGCGACUGCUGUUAUGAAGAGUAUAAGGAUCGCAAGAGGGAGAACACGGAACGUCUUAUGGAUGACCUUGAGGACAACAAAGACAAUAAACCUCCCAACAUGACUUUCCGCGAGACCAUGUGGAGGGCUUUCGAGAACCCACACACUAGCACCAUGGCACUGGUUUUCUACUAUGUAACCGGAUUCUUCAUCGCCAUAUCCGUCAUCACCAACGUGGUUGAGACGGUUCCUUGUGGGUCCACGCCGAAUCAGAGAGACAUCCCUUGCGGGGAGCGCUACACAGAAGCAUUUUUCUGCAUGGACACGGCUUGCGUAAUGAUCUUCACGGUGGAGUAUCUGAUGCGACUGUUUGCGGCACCCAGCAGGUACCGCUUCAUGAGAAGCGUGAUGAGCAUUAUCGAUGUAGUAGCCAUCUUGCCGUAUUAUAUUGGGCUUGUCAUGACCAACAAUGAGGACGUGAGCGGAGCCUUCGUCACGCUACGGGUGUUCCGCGUCUUCAGGAUCUUUAAAUUCUCCCGCCACUCCCAGGGUCUCCGAAUCCUUGGCUACACGUUAAAGAGCUGUGCGUCUGAGCUUGGCUUCCUCCUCUUCUCCCUCACCAUGGCCAUCAUCAUAUUUGCCACAGUCAUGUUCUACGCUGAGAAAGGUUCCUCGUCCAGCAAGUUCACCAGCAUCCCGGCCUCCUUCUGGUACACCAUUGUAACCAUGACAACCCUGGGGUAUGGAGACAUGGUCCCGAAGACCAUAGCAGGGAAGAUCUUUGGCUCCAUCUGUUCCCUCAGUGGGGUGCUGGUCAUCGCUCUGCCUGUUCCCGUUAUCGUUUCCAACUUCAGUCGCAUCUACCAUCAGAACCAGAGGGCUGACAAGCGUCGGGCUCAGAAAGUUCAGAAAGCCCGACUGGCCCGAAUGAGAAUUUCCAAGGCUGGCAGCUCUACAGCCUUCCUGCAUAGCAAAAGAAAUGGACUCAACCAAUCACUGGAGCUAACGCAGCUUCCCUAUUACAAGAUGAAACUUUCACCACAGGGCUCCUUAGAGGAGGACCAGCAACUGAAAAAGACCACAUCUCUGCUGGAGAGUCAACAUCACCAUCUUCUGCACUGCCUAGAGAAGACUACGAAUCAUGAGUUUGUGGACGAGCGUCUGUAUGAACAGGGGUACCUCCAGACAGCCCUGCAGAACUUCCCAUCGCAGAGUCCAUCUCUCUCCAGUGAAGAGGGCGUCACGGGGACCUGCUGCUCUCGGAGAACCAAGAAGAACAUCCAGGCUCUCAAUGCCACACACACACACUCACACACGCACAACCUACAGGAGCUUAGCGCCUUACACAUCCAUUGUGGGGAACAGCAACCACUCAACACCAGUCGUUCCAGUCUCAAUCUGAUGUCGGAUGAAUCAGGGAGUCUGAACUGCAAGAGCAGUGGACUGGUUACCACGGCAAUCAUCAGUAUCCCAACCCCUCCCUCAAACAACUCUCGAGCCAAUCCUGACGCUCCUCCCCCUCCGAACCCAGAUGCUCCGCCUCGUCCGAACACUGGCUCUGAUGUGGUGAAAAUCUCUGCUCUGUAGGAGAAAACAGAACUCAGGAAGAGAAACUGAUGAGUAGCCUGCCCCCUAGUGGGAGAUGGAGUGCACUGAAUCAGACUCAAGAAAUAAAACAACAAUGAUGCAUCUGUGUAAUUGAGAGAGAAAGGACGACCAUGAGUAUUCAAACACUCUCCAUCAAGACUGAUAAAGAUGAGGGUGUCACUGCAGUGUCACUGUGCAUAAAACAUUUCUCCUUUUUCCUCUUAGUUUACCGUCGGGUCAUACUGUUUUUUAAAUCGUGAAAAAGAUUCAUAUUUUGACUAGAGAUGGAGGCAAGAGGUCAAGUCCUGUUUGUUUAUUAUCUGUCCGUUAAUCUGUUCCAACAUCGCAGACAGCCUCUCAAAGCCUCGGCUUUCUACAUCCCACUAAUGUUGUUUUGAUCUAGAGUAAUUCCUAAAGGAUAAGAGCAAGUCUGAGUGAGACUAUAUGAGGGCGACAGUGUUUCUUAGACCAUGCUAAGUUUUUAUUUUUGGAAUAUUUGGUCAGAGAUAGGUCUAACUUGAAUGUUUCUGCCCCGCGUGUAUGUGUGCGUGUGUGAAUUACAAAAGCGUCCCUCAAACUUUCAGCCUCUCACACAGUUCGUGCCUCUCAGGGGGAAGAGAGUUUCCUUCUUCUUUAAGCCACUGUCUCUCCACGAGUCCAAAACGUUGAGCCGACUUUGUAACGUUAGCUGACCUAUAAAACAUUACUAUGUAAUAUAGAACCAAAAAAAAAAACAAAAAAAACGAGAGAAAGAAUCAUGAAAGUGUUUUUAAAAACUCUGUGACUACAAGCACAAGGUGUCGCUGAGAAUUUGUGACUACAAUGUGUAUCAAGCCUUGGUUUAACUGUGAAUAUUGUUGAUAGAAUAUUUUGUAAUAUUUAGCCAUUGUUUUGGCGAAACCAGAGCAGCUGCCUACCCCGCCCCUUUUCGUCCACCCCGCCCUUUUAUGUAUGCCCCGCCCCUUUCCUCUGUCCACUGCUGACUUGCUUCCCGUAGUUGUUCUGAUCUAAGUGUUAUUGUCAUUAUCGCUCAAUGGGUAUUUAAAAAAAAAAAAACGUGUCUAGUUUGUGUAAAACUACAUGGGUAGGAAACUUUUGAUGUUUGUGUUUUUCAUUAACAGUGAAUGUUUUCGUUACCUCCAGAUUUUCAGUCAUACAUUGCUGUGAGAGGAGAAACCGUCAACCGUACAAACCAAUUAGAGAGAUUCUCCACCUCUUUUCUCUCCUUCCCAACUCCCUCCUUUUCUGUCUGUGUCUUUUUUGUCAGCCAUGCUCAGGAGAAUGGCACUGCCAAUGAGAUCAGUCCAAAUUUGUUGUCAGGUAGUGGAAAGACCAUUUCAUCUGUGUUGUUUACAAUUCCCAAUCCUAUUCUCAAAACUGCCAGCAAUCAACCACAUGUCCCCCUAAGCUCUGCUUUUUGUAUCAUAAUCCCCAUCCCAGGACUCUAAACCCCACCCAUCUCCUUAAACCCCACUCACUUGUGCCUCUUACACCAGCAUACAUAGGAAGUGACCCCCCUCCCCUCAGGACGUUAUUGCUCCAGGGCCACUGAGUUUUAGUGUUCAGUGCAAUGCAACACACACUAUCAACACAUUUAAUCUUGGUUUUGGCCCCUUUUAGAUAGAAUAAGCCAUAUUUUCCAGAAGAGAAAAAAAAAUCUGAUUUAAUAAUUGCA